AAACCCAACAAACAGUUGUGGUACAGAUUAAGAACUAUAAAGUGAUCCUAAUGAGUCUUUUCCAGUUUACCACUAGAAGGCUGGUUUCACAAGCAUAUUGUGGACUUAAGCCACCUUCUUCCAAGAAACAACGAAUUUGCUUAGAAAUGGCUCGUUUUAAAUCAAAUAUGGCUGAUUUUCGAGAAGUGUUUGCCAAAGCAAAGCACAUAGCCAUUAUUACAGGGGCUGGUGUUAGUGCUGAAAGCGGUGUUCCUACCUUCAGAGGUGCAGGGGGCUACUGGAGAAAAUGGCAAGCUCAGGAACUGGCUACCCCAGAAGCCUUUGCAAGGAACUCCUCCCGUGUGUGGGAAUUUUAUCAUUACCGCCGGGAGCUGAUGUUGAGUAAACAACCGAAUGCAGCACAUGUUGCCAUUGCAGAGUGUGAAGCUAGACUGAGCAAACAGGGAAGAAGUGUUGUGGUCAUAACUCAGAACAUUGAUGAGCUCCACAGAAGGGCAGGCACAAAACACCUCUUAGAAAUUCAUGGUAGUUUAUUCAAAACCCGAUGCACCAGCUGUGGAAAUGUGGCAAAGAAUUACAAAAGUCCAAUAUGUCCAGCUUUGUCUGGGAAAGGUGCCCCAGACCCUGAAAUGGAAGAUGCCAAGAUUCCAGUUGAAAAUCUUCCUCGGUGUGAAGAGGAAGACUGCAAUGGUCUUCUCCGUCCCCAUGUUGUGUGGUUUGGUGAAACUCUGGAUUCUGACAUUCUUACAGAGGUGGAAAAAGAACUUGAGAUCUGUGACCUCUGUUUGGUGGUGGGAACCUCUUCUGUGGUAUAUCCUGCUGCUAUGUUUGCUCCUCAAGUAUCUGCAAGAGGAGUGCCAGUUGCAGAAUUUAACAUGCAAACCACCCCUGCCACAGAUAAGUUCAGAUUUCACUUUCCAGGUCCCUGUGGUACAACCCUGCCUCCAGCGCUUGCUCGCCAUAAAACUGAAAUAAUUUCAUAAGCAUGCGGCUGCGACAGGGAGGGGAAGAAAUGCUCUUACUGAGACGCUCAAGCCGCACGCGCGAGGGUGAACUGGAGCAGUCCUGUGGAAGAAACCUUAACCUGUCCCACAGAGACGCGAGCUUUGGCCCAACGACCCCAAUCACGGAAAUCCUCCUCCUGGGCCCGUGAGGGCUGCGACGGGGCCGGGAGACGGGCGGAGACGCUGGACUGUGGAAGGCGGGAAGGUCGAUGCUGACACCUGCCAGGCUGCCAGCGGCUCCGC